UUACUUUUAAGGUUUGUCUGGUGUCAGGGACAAUGGGUAACUAAUUCCAAAUUAAUUUGAGUAUACUUUAUCCCUGUUGGAAUAGAAUAGCAAAACAAUUUUAGGUUAAAUCAGAGCAAUAUCGGUCCACCCAAAAAUUCCUUGACCCGACCCGACCCAGCCCACAUCCCCUUUCCCUUCUCACUCGAAAAAAGGGCAUAAAAAAGCUCCACACAUCAAAGUUGUCAUCCUCUUGUUCCUCUCAGUUUUAUCAGAUUUUCAGUUAAUCAGUAGAAGUUUUCAAAGGAUGUCGUCAAUUGGAACAUCAAAAGGUGUAUUAGAGAUAGUAAAAUUUGCAGUAUAUGUAUCAGUUCCAAUUGGUCUCAUGUACUUGUUUGCCAACAACAACUCCAAUCUUCAGAAAAUCAUGGGACAUCGUGAAUAUGUAGUUUAUCCGACAGAAACUGUAAAGCCCCAAUCACCCGAGGAACUGAGGGAGAUUGCAAAAGAAAUAGCUCGGAAGAGACAGAGGGACCAAGAAAUGCGGAGCUGAGGAAGAUGGCACAAGACGAAGAGGCAUAUAAGAAUUUGUAGGUCUGUUAGUAAUGCUUGCACAAAGAAACAGCCAGAGAGGUCCUUUCUGUUCAGCCAAGAGAUGAGUGUGCUUUACUAGUCUGUUCACCAAUAAGUGAGUUUGUUGCCAAUAAAACAGUGUGGCAUGGCCAGUGAUUGUAUACUGCCAUUUCUGUGUUUGAUGUAUCUUCCUUUUAAUACAGAUUAAAGUAUAUAAUAAACAUGGCAUCGUUUGAAGUAUUA